AUGGGGAACAUUUUGAUCUUGGCAGACACGCUCAUGCCGGUGCUCCAAAUCCACCAGCAUAAGGAAAAAAACAAACAUCAGAAAGAUUUCCACCUAGAAUUUGGUGAAAAGUCAAAUGCCAAAAUAAAAGAUGAGGAUCAUAAUCCAGCAUUUGAAAACUCAGAGUGCACGUUAAAAAAGAUGGAUAAGGAAGGCAAAACACUAAAAAAACACAAACUGAAACAUAAAGAGAAGGAGAAGGAAAAGCACAAAAAGGAAGUUGAAGGGGAAAAGGACAAAUACAAAAAUAAGGAAAAUGCUAAAGAGCUGCAGAGGAGCAUUGAAUUUGACAGAGAAUUUUGGAAAGAAUUUUUUAAAAGCGAUGAAACUGAGGAUCUCUUUUUAAAUAUGGAACAUGAAUCCCUAACAGAAAAAAAGUCAAAACUUGAAAAAACCAUGAAAGAUGACAAAUUAACCAAGGAAAAACAUGUCUCAAAAGAGAGGAACUUUAAAGAAGAACGGGAAAAGACUAAAAAGGAAAGUGAAAGAUCUCUUAGGGAAGAAAAGCUGAAAGAAGAAAGAGACAGUGUACCCACAGAUAAAGAAGUAGAGUGUGGUUCUGUGGGGGCCAGUGUAAACCAGGACUCGGUAGGGCUACAUUCCAUGGAAAAGGACGUAGACAUUGAAAAACAAGAAAAGCAUACAAAAGAAAGGGAGAAAUCAGACAGACGAUUUCAAACUAAGGAAAAAGAGGUUGACAAGACUGAACGAAAAUUUUCUGAAAAAGAAAAAAAGAUAAAACAUGAACAUAAGUCAGAAAAAGAGAAAUUGGAUUUUAGUGAAUGUGUUGACAGAGUAAAAGAAAAGGACAAGUUAUAUUCACACCAAACAGAAAGGGGUCAUAAAGAAGGGGAGAAAAUAAAAAACACUAUUAAAAAAACUGAUGACAGAGAGAGGAACAGAGAAAAAAUGGAUAGAAAGCAUGACAAAGAAAAACCUGAAAAGGAGAGGUGUUUAGCAGAAAGCAAAGAAAAGCACUUAGAGGAAAAAAAGUCUGAUAAUAGUGAGUAUACUAAAUCAGAAAAGGUCAGAAAUAAAGACAGGGAAGGAGAGAAGAAGGAAAAAUUUAGAGAUAAAGAAAGUAUAAAUGUUACUAACUACAGACAUUUGCAAGAAGAGAAAAGGCCAAGUACAGGAGACAGUAGUAGUAAAAUCCAGCACGAGAAAACUAUGUCCCUUAAAGAAAAGGCAAGGGAUGAACCUUUGAAAACUCCAGAUGGAAAAGAGAAAGAUAAAAAAGAUAUAGACAGAUACAAAGAACGAGACAAACGUAAAGAUAAAAUCCAACCUUUAAUCAAACUAAAAUCUGAAACAGAUAAGCCUAAACCUAAGUCAUCACCGGCAUCGAAAGACAUCCGACCUAAAGAAAAGAGGCUAGUCAAUGAUGAUCUAAUGCAGACAAGUUUUGAACGGAUGCUCAGCCUUAAAGACCUAGAGAUAGAACAGUGGCACAAAAAACAUAAGGAAAAAAUUAAGCAAAAAGAAAAAGAACAAUUAAGAAACCAUACUUGUUUAGAACUUAAAGUAAAAGAUAAAGAAAAAACAAAACAUACACCCACUGAAUCAAAAAAUAAAGAAUUUACCAGGUCAAGAAGUUCAGAAUUGACUGAUGUUUAUAACAAGGAGAAACAAUCUAAAGAUGUUGGAAGUAAUAGAUCACAAUCUGUUGACACCAAAAAUGUACUGAAUUUAGGGAAGUCAUCUUUUAUUUCAGAGAACAGCUCAAACCGCUCUCCUAGGUCAGAAAGUGAGAGGCUGGGUCUUAGCUCUAGGUCUGUGUCCAUAAUUUCUGUUGCUAGUUCAGAAGACUCUUGCCAAACAGUGACAACCCCUCGGCCUCUUGUUGAAUAUGACUCUGACUUUAUGUUAGAGGGCUCAGAAUCUCAAUUGUCGUUCUCCCAGUCACCUUUUUUGCCAAAUGCCAAAUCUCCAGCCCUUUAUGAAAGGGAGCUGGAGAGCCUUGCUGACAUGCCGGAACGACUUAAACCACCAUGUACAAACAGACUUCCGGUGUGCCAUCUCAGGUCAUCUUCUGUGGAAGAUGUUAAAUUAAUUACUAAUGAGGUACGGCCUGCUGUGGAAAUCAGAAGAUGUAGCAUGCCCUCAGUCAUUUGUGAACCCACAAAACAUUUCCAGAUAUCAGAUGAAAGCCACCAAGGCAGCUUAGCUGUGCCAAGAGAGACUUCCCCUUCCCCCAAACCUGAAGUAUCUUCAGCAAUGCCAGAAAGAGGCCUUUCGCAUGUGUCUGACUUACACCCCAGCUUUACAGGCUCCCCAACUAGGUCUGUAAACAGCAGGUAUAUUGCAUCUGAAUCAAAUGUAAUCAAGAGUGCUAGUCUUGUGGGUACUUUAAUGGACAGUCCUAUGCACUUGGAACCAUCUAAUCAGGUUGGAGUGAUCCAAAAUAAAUCAUGGGAGAUGCCUGUUGAUAAACUAGAGUCUUUAAGCACCAAUGAGGUUAUCUGCCCAGAUUCUAGUACAUCUGACCAGUAUUCCUCUGCUCAGAGUUUUUGUAAUUCAGAAAGCAAAAUGUUAAGAGAACAAAAUACUGAUUGCUUAUCCCUACACCAGACUGAUCUGCCAGGAAACUCGUGUGCUCAGGAUCCAGUAUCCUUUCUGUCUUCACCACAACCCUGCUCUUUUUCCAACCAGUCACAUUCAGAUGCUGAGUCUGCUUCUAAACCUGUGUCUUUGUCAUAUGUUGCCAAUCAAGAACCAGGUAUUUCACAACAGAGAAAUGCAGCUCAUAUGAUUAGCUCUGUUUUAGAUAGUGACAGUAUUUACAAGGAGAUGGAAAAUACGUUUGUUCUAUCAGACAUUCAGAAGACGAAUUCUUUUGUACCGGUUUACUCGGAGAGCACUAUUCAAGAAACACUCCCAAACUUUGAGAAGGCGAAUACUUUGCUUGUGUUGCCAUCAGAAAAGGACUUCAGCGGAAGUGACGCCCCUUCUCAGAUAAAUACACAGUAUGCGUUUAGCAAACUCACUUACAAGUCUUCCAGUAGCCAUGAAGUUGAGAAGAGCACAGAUGAUACACAAGUUAUCUCCCAUGAAAAAGAAAACAAACUGCAAAGUUUGGUCAUAACUCCGUUGAGUAAAUGUGAUUCUGAUUUGUAUGAAAUGAAUGCAGGGAUGUCAAAAGGAAACCUAAAUGAACAGGAGAAUCCAAGGCACGGUCCUGAUGGUGAAAAGUACUUGCUUUCCAUUGAGGAUGAAGAAUCUCAGCAGAGCACUCUGUCAAGUGUGGGAAACCAUUCCCAGCAGUCAGCCCACCCGGAGAUGCAUAAAUAUGACCAGCUAAUUAAAGGAGAAUUAGAAGAAAGUGCUGAAGACGAUAAAACUGAAAACCAAAUCCCCCAAAGGAUGACUCGAAACAAAUCGAGCACAAUGGUAAAUCAGAGCAAGCAGAUUGUUGCUGGCUGUACACUUCUGCCAGAAAAAGACAAUGACUCCUCAUUUUCAUGUCCUGGUUACAAGAUGUGGAUGAUAAGGCUCACUGAAGAAGACGAUCCCCAGAUUCACCAUCCCCAGAAAAGGAAAGUGUCACGGGUCCCUCAGCCUGUGCAAGUGAGUCCUUUACUACAGGCAAAGGAGAAAACGCAGCAGUCUCUAGCAGCCAUCGUUGAUUCUCUGAAACUAGAUGAGAUUCAGUCAUACAGUUCUGAGAGAGCAAAUCCGUACUUUGAGUAUUUGCACAUAAGGAAAAAAACUGAAGAAAACCGCAAGUUAUUAUGUAGCGUUAUUCCUCAAGCUCUGCAGUAUUAUGAUGAGUAUGUAACAUUUAAUGGAUCAUAUCUCCUGGAUGGAAACCCCUUAAGCAAGAUUUGUAUUCCUACAAUUACUCCACCACCUUCGCUGUCAGAUCCACUUAAAGAGCUCUUUCGGCAACAGGAAGUAGUAAGAAUGAAACUACGUUUGCAACAUAGUAUCGAAAGGGAAAAACUUAUUGUAUCCAAUGAACAAGAAGUUCUGCGAGUCCAUUACAGAGCUGCGAGGACACUGGCCAAUCAGACGCUGCCGUUUAGUGCUUGCACCGUCCUGCUGGACGCAGAGGUGUACAACGUGCCCUUGGACUCACAGUCUGAUGACAGUAAAACUUCUGUGAGAGAUCGAUUUAAUGCAAGACAGUUCAUGUCCUGGUUACAAGAUGUGGAUGAUAAGUUUGACAAACUAAAGACCUGUCUUUUAAUGAGGCAGCAACACGAAGCUGCAGCGUUAAAUGCCGUCCAGAGACUAGAAUGGCAGCUCAGGCUCCAGGAACUCGAUCCUGCCACCUACAAGUCUAUCAGUAUUUAUGAGAUCCAGGAGUUUUACGUUCCCCUGGUUGAUGUUAACGAUGAUUUUGAAUUGACUCCUAUAUAGCAGUUGGUACUUGCCUGGGUAUCAUCCUAAACUAACGAUACAAGAGUUACACUGUGGAAUACUGCCUUUAAGAAAAACCCUGAUAAUAUGCCUUUACAGUUGUUAGUGAAGUUAACUAAAGUUGGUUAUGUAGUGAACACUGUCAUUUUAUAAAAAUAAAGAAAAAUAUUUUGGAUCUUAGGUCCAAAUACAAUUUCUAACAGAAAACUAUUAUUUAUAUUCAUCAAAGGUAACUAUUGCAUUAGAAAAUGUUGGCAAGCUGAGUAGAUCUUUAAAAAGUUGAGAAAACCUGUUAACAGCGCUGGAAGUUGUUAGCACUCCAAGUAACAAGAUAACCAACCACAAGUACUCAGAUCUCUGUGGGUUUUAUUAAAAGUACAUGAGUAAACACAAAGAUCCAAUUCCUACCAAAUAGUUUCUAAUGCAGAAGAAAAAUCUUGGCACAAAAUUCCUCAGUUUAUUUUAUCUGUAAAUUAAUUGUACAGUUUUCUUUUUUGAAAGUUUUAAUAUUGUCUUCCUUUUUAAUAACUUAUUUUAUACAUAUUGUACAUCUUGUAAUUAAUGGUCAAUGUAUACAAGGGACUGGCCCUCAAAACUGUACACAGAGAUGACUGUAAAACUGUCUGUUCGUUGGACCAAAGUUGUCGUUGUGGAGUGUCAUAGCAGUGUGUUCAAAUAGUGAACCUUUGACUAGGCAUGCGUGGGUUUGAGCUAGCUUGUGUCCAUCCCAUAACUGUCAAGAUGGUGGCUUAAUUGUGUCGCAUGCUUUCUAUAAUUUAACUCUUUCUGUAACUGACGCCUGAGACAGUGUGAGACUUCUCUUCCCAGUUUCCUGCAAGAAAACCGGGGACUUUGUGUGUGGGGCACACUGAUCAGAAUGUCAUCAGAGAAGCAGGAGCUCUCUUCCGUCUCACUGGAGAACAACAACCAAUGCCUUUGAAUGGAAAUUCUGAAAUUGUAAAUGUCUAUUUUAA